AUGGGCCAAACUCAGUCAGACGAGGGGAGGGCGCCCCCCUCACACGAGAAGUUGACCAAAGAAUUGGCAAACAGGUUCGCCGAAAAAUGCUUCACGUCCCUUGAACUGAUUUCCUUUAAGGACGUGUUCCGGAGCCUCGCCGACCACGAACAGAAUGUCCGUUACCUCAAGGAAGACACAAUUGCGCGAUUCCUUGAGGUACCAGAUGGGGUCGGUGCUUCUGCGGUUAUCUUCCAAAUGAUGUCAUACGUCGGCGCAUUUCCAUUUUUACAGGAUGCACCCGCAGUGUUGGGACUUGAGCAAAUGGUCAUGGUUAUCACCAUCAUGACAGAAAGAUACCGAAUAGUUUUGGGAAAAGGCGCAGCCGACCGGAGGAAGCUCUUAUUCCGGAGCUUGGCCGUGUACGAUCGCAAUCUUUCCGAGGUGCCUUCCGACAAGGGAGUGGCUCGCGCUGCUGGGGACUACGUGGUAGAAGACGAUGGGGUUGGUAAACGAGAAAUGGGAGUUGCCAUUGAUGAAGUAAUAGACGGGGAUGAAGACAAAAUGGACGAAUGUGAAGUGGACGGGCUGGUUCUCGCUGCCUUCGAAUCCUUGGAGUACACCGGAGCCCUUGAACACAAAGCUGGCACAACCCCGGUCCUCCGCGACGCCGUGAUUCCGGCAGAUAAUUUUCGGAGGCUACUGCUCCUCCUUCUAUUCGUCGCGCCGCUGGGGGCGCAGGAUAGUCUAUCGGCUUACAGCGAUCAUGUUUCUGGCGCCGAACUGGGGAACCUGAAAAGAGUCGCUGACUGCGUACUACGGGCAUUCAUUGAUGUAGAGCGGUCGCCGGGAAUCAAGUUCCGCCGCUUUAACACAAUCAUUCGCGCCUUGAUGCCAUCCAUCUUCGAUGGGCUCACACCUCUGGUUGAGCAUUUUCUGUUCUCGAAGAAUCUCGACUUUCACAGGCACAAGGAUGGCCCUGUUGCACCCCCGAAAACGAGCCAGCCUGUGUUGCAGGAUACCGGGACUAUCAUGAAUUCAGCUGUUUUAUCCCAACUCUCCUUUUUUCUCCCUGGCUCCUCGCUAUUCCGCAGAACCCGCCUUCUAUACUCUGGUGGUGACGACGGCUUCAGCAUGGGUAGCUUUGAGAGCAAGGUCUUCAACUGGAGGGCCCCAACGCUUCUCCUUGUAAGCGGAACUCGUUUACCCGACGAACCCGGCUAUAAAAGCACCGGGGCAGAAUAUUCUUUUCUCACCACGCUCCCUUCCAAGCGCUUUUCUCGAGGCAGUGCAGACAAGGAGGGAAGGUUAACAUUCGGCCUCUAUGUCAGCCAGCCUUGGAAGCAUACCCACCGAGAGUGCUUUGGCGGAGAAGACACUUAUUUGUUCCAGCUCGAACCUUUUCACGAUGUCUUCCCCUCGUCAGCUUCGAAUAAAGAUUACGUUUCCUUCACGAAGCCAUCUGCAGCAACGAGUCACGCAGGAAUAUCUGUGGGCUGCUCGCCGCCUCAGGGAAGCCAGGCAUACCGGCGAUCGAACGUCGUUACACUGGGAGCUGUGUCCUUGGUUCUGGACGGCAGCUUUGAGUUUGGCUGCUUCACGAACAACUAUACGUCGGGAGGCGGCGCGUUUCACACUAGCGUGGCUAGGAAUUUCGAUUUCCAAGACCGCUUCGAGGUCACAAAUCUUGAAGUAUGGGGUUGUGGCGGUGACAAAGAGGCCAAGCACCAAGCAGAACACUGGGAAUGGGAAGCAAGGGAAGCCGAGGCAAGGAGGAGGAUCAACCUUGGCACUGGGGAUAUUGAAGCAGAUCGCGCGUUGUUAGAGAUGGCCGGAUUAAUUGGGACGAAUCGAAGCGGCGGUAGCAUGGGAUAA